AUGCCAAAGACACCAGCUUCCGUCUGUAUUACAGAAACAGAAAAUUACUCUGGCAUGAUAUUCGUAUGCCAGUGGUGUGAAAAGAAGUAUACAGUCAGAUCUUUAUUGAUCCGUCAUUUGGGCAGCCAUAACAAGAUGCUUUCAAUGCAACCGGUCUUUCGAAGACAAGUCAGUACAAUCGAUGAUCAAAUAUGUCAAUCACAAGUAGCGUAUGCAUGCUUGCUAUGCUCUGUUGUAACUUCAACUCCAGAGCUUGUACGCAAACAUUACAAGGAAGAAAAUCACGAUGAGUUGAACUGCAUAGUGAACGCGUCUGAGCAAGAAAUGGAUGUGCUCUUUGCAAAGGUAAAAGCCAAAAGUUCCAGUACAGUAGAUACUUUCGAUGAAGGCACGUCAUCAUCUGCCCACGAUGAUUUGGAUUAUGCCUCUAGAGCAGAUUUCCAAUGGUAUGUGGGCACGGUAAACGUGUCCGCCAAAUUCCACCAGUUUCAGUUAAGGGCCUAUGAACUCGGUAAAGAAAGAAGUCUCAACUACGAAGAGCAUGUGGAGGAGUUGCUAUCGCAGACUCAUAUCAUGCUGUUGAAGCCGGAUCAAAGAUGCAAACUUGCCUUGAACGUGUACGGAGGCCCCUCAACGACUAGAGCCAUUCACGAAGCUGCCAAUAAGGCUCUACUUCCGCACUCAUCUGAAGUACCCCAGGUUACUCAAACUCGCUUUUUGCAGUUGGUGGAUCAACUGCAAAAAGGAGAUAUGGAGUUGGACGCCUUCGACAUUGAACUCUCGUUUCUCAUUAGAGACGUCAACCGACUGACCAAAAACGUUCUGCUGGCGAUAAGAGACUUGGCAAGACGCUUGCCAGUGAAAACCAUGCUGACCAGCCCGUCCGAGGGAGAACUAUGUGUCACCUGGCUGGAUCCUAUACUAAGACAACUUUUGUCUCAGAAUGAACGGCGAUUUUUCUGGGCAAAUGGAGAAUCAGCAGAAAGCAGAGAGCGCAAGGGGCAUCGUGGCAACCAGGCUGAUGGCUAUGUUUCUAUAAUACAGCAACGAGAAUAUGAUUGCACCAUUGGAUAUGUUGAGGUCAAGGCAGAAGAUCGCUCUGGUGAUAACCACAUUAUCUCCCACGAUCUCAUAAGGUUGGCCAAGUUCAACAAGGAUGCCAUUGAUGGUAACUCUGUGGACGGCGCCAUAGCCAUUCAAGCAGUAGGAUGGACCAUGUCCAUAUACAUCACCAAGCUCUUAGCCGAUGGUGUGUAUGUGAUGACGGAGAUGGCGACGUGGACACUACCACGGUCACUGGAAGAGCUGGACAUGUUUGUCACUGCCUCGACUUUACGCAAGAUGAUGACUGUUCAACAGUCUUAUCUGCGUAAUUGUCAGAGGUCAACAUGUCCAGAAGACUUGCAGGAAAAUACUCGACCGACCAUGAGUAGCCCACGGAUGCAAGAGUUCUUGGGUGACACCAGAGAUAGGCGUCGUCUGUCACCUAUGUUGUAG